GGUGACUCAUUUAUUAAACACUGACAAACUAUUUGCUGCAUACUCUAUGAAAGGUGGUGCUCUAAAGUGUGAGGAUGCACUCUUAAAAUGAUAGUCACAGACAUAGCCCUUGGCCUAGAAACUCAAUGAGCAAAUUCUCUUCCCAAACCUAUCCCUAUAUUUGCUAAUCACAUUGAUACAGACAUAAGACUAGCUCUUGAAAAGUAGAUAUUUUCUUACAAGGGAACUAAAAGAUUUCCAUUCUAGAAAAUCCAUUCACGUGAGGAAGCUUGUUUCUGAAUAGGUUGGGACUAGAGCCCAGAUUUGCAACACUCCAGACACUGGCUUUUCACCUGUUGUUCCAUUCUCCACGUCCAUCCAUGUUCCCAGGAUAGGUAAAUGUGUCUCUUACACAAUACACUGUCCUGAAAAUGGACUAUGAGAAUAAAUAAUGCAAAAACUUAAAAGAGGUAGAAAAGUUCUUAGCAAAAAACAAAAUCAUAUUUUCUCUGGACCAUUGAUUACUUUAUAGGACUUAUUGUACAGAAAUAUUUUGAUUGUUUAUUUUCAUUGCAAAUAAAACAACAGGAGUUUGACUUUUAUUCUUUGGGGGGAGAUAGGAUACGGAAAAUAAAUGGUGCACACAGGGGAUGCUUUACCAAGAAUAGGUUGCAAUAACAGGCUAGGACUCUGGGUGUCGCUGUUCACCGAUGGGGAAAAGACAACCAGUAAUUUAAUCCGAACCACAAAAUUUCUGCAUCACAAAGCACUGACCCUGGAGCUUUACAAAAGCUUCUAACUGGACUCCCAGAACUCCAACAGCCAACGGUGAAAAUACACUAUCUUGGACCGCGCAGAUCCUGGGACUCCUUAGGCCUCCACCGAGGGAAAACCCAAGUGCAAGCUUCUCCGCGGCGGCGCUGUAAUGGCGGCUCCUCUUUAUCGUCCAGUCUGCAGCCGGUUAGUUGGGAUUUGCCUUCUCCUAGGGGCCCUAUGGGAAAUUCGGGCUGAACAGAUCCGCUACUCGGUGCCUGAGGAGCUGGAGAAAGGCUCCUUCGUGGGCAACAUCGCCAAGGACCUGGGCCUGGAGCCCCCGGAGCUGGCGGAGCGCGGAGUCCGCAUCGUCUCCAGAGGUAGGACGCAGCUCUUUGCCCUGAACCCGCGAAGCGGCAGCUUGGUCACGGCGGGCAGGAUAGACCGGGAGGAGCUCUGCGAUAGGUCUCCAAAGUGCGUGGUAAGCCUGGAGAUUCUCCUAGAGGACAAAGUAAAGAUUUUUGGAGUAGAAGUGGAAAUAAUCGAUGUUAAUGAUAAUGCGCCCAACUUUGGGACAGAGCAAAGGGAAAUAAAAGUCGCUGAAAAUGAAAGUCCUGGGACAAGAUUCCCUCUUCCUGAAGCUUUUGAUCCGGAUGUAGGGGUAAACUCUCUGCAGGGAUACCAGCUCAGCUCAAAUGCUUACUUCUCCCUGGACGUGCAAAACGGAGCUGAUGGGAUAAAGUACCCUGAGCUGGUGCUGGAGCGCGCCCUGGACCGCGAGGAAGAGGCAGUUCACCACCUGGUCCUCACCGCCUUCGAUGGAGGCGACCUGGCUCGCUCUGGCACUACCAGAAUUCACGUAACACUUGUGGAUACGAACGACAAUGCCCCCCUAUUCACUCAGCCCGAGUACCAUGUGAGUGUUCGGGAGAAUGUGCCCGUGGGCUCCCGAAUUCUCACCGUAAAAGCCACUGACCCAGAUGAAGGAGCCAAUGGAGAAGUGACAUAUUCUUUCCGGAAAGUAAGAGAUAAAAUAUCCCAGCUAUUCCAGUUGAAUUCUGUGAGUGGGGACAUAACAAUAUUGGAGGACCUGGAUUAUGAGGACUCUGGAUUCUAUGAUAUAGAUGUAGAGGCUCACGAUGGUCCUGGUCUCCGAGCCAGAAGUAAGGUACUGGUGACAGUGCUGGAUGUAAACGACAAUGCUCCAGAAGUGACGGUUACAUCUCUCACCAGCUCUAUCCAAGAAACUUCUUCCCCAGGUACAGUAAUUGCACUUUUCAAUGUGCAUGAUAGUGAUUCAGGAGAGAAUGGCCUAGUCACGUGUUCUAUUCCAAAUAAUCUGCCAUUCACACUUGAAAAGACCUACGGAAAUUAUUAUCGAUUGUUGACACACCGAGCUCUGGAUAGGGAAGAAGUCUCAGAAUAUAACAUCACAGUAAUGGCCACUGACCACGGAACUCCACCACUGUCUACAGAAACUCACAUCUCACUGAAGGUAGCAGACAUCAAUGACAACCCGCCUGCCUUCCCUCAUGCUUCUUACUCUGCCUACCUUCCCGAAAACAACCCCAGAGGAGCCUCCUUUUUAUCCAUAACCGCCCAGGACCCUGACAGCAUUGAGAAUGCCAGAGUCACUUACUCCCUGGCUGAGGGCACGCUCCAGGGGGAGCCUCUCUCUUCCUAUGUCUCUAUCAACUCUGACACAGGAGUCCUGUAUGCUCUGCGCUCAUUUGACUAUGAGCAGGUUAGAGACCUGCAACUACUGGUGACAGCUAGUGACAGUGGGGACCCUCCUCUCAGCAGCAACGUGUCUCUAAGUCUAUUUGUUCUGGAUCAGAAUGACAAUGCACCUGAAAUACUGUACCCCUCUCUCCCCACCGAUGGUUCCACUGGUGUGGAGCUGGCACCCCGCUCUGCAGAACCUGGAUACCUGGUGACCAAGGUGGUGGCAGUGGACAGAGACUCCGGCCAGAACGCCUGGCUGUCCUACCGCCUACUCAAGGCCAGUGAGCCAGGACUCUUCGUGGUGGGGCUGCACACGGGCGAGGUGCGCACUGCGCGGGCCCUGCUGGACAGAGAUGCCCUCAAGCAGAGCCUGGUGGUGGCAGUUCAGGACCAUGGCCAGCCCCCUCUCUCAGCCACUGUCACACUCACUGUGGCUGUGGCUAACAGCAUCCCAGAUGUGUUGGCUGACCUGGGCAGUCUUGAGAUCCCUUCAACUCCAGAGGCCUCAGACCUCACUCUGUACCUCGUGGUGGCAGUGGCUGCGGUCUCCUGUGUCUUCCUUGCCUUUGUUAUCAUCCUGCUGGCACUCAGGCUGAGGCGCUGGCACUCAUCACGUCUGCUCCAGGCUUCAGGAGGUGGGUUGGCGGGUGUGCCCACCUCACACUUUGUGGGUGUGGAUGGGGUGCAGGCGUUCCUGCAGACCUAUUCCCAUGAGGUCUGCCUCACUGCUGACUCGGGGAAGAGUCACCUGAUCUUCCCCCAGCCCAACUAUGCUGACACACUCAUCAGCCAGGAGAGCUGUGCGAAAAGCGAGCCACUUUUGAUAACUCAGGAUUUACUUAAAAUAAAAGAAGACCCCAAUCUUCAUCAGGUAAGUCAGUCUUGCCACCCAUAGGCAGACAGCUGUGUCUUUAAUUUUAUAAGCUCUGGCUGUAUAAGACGUGUUCCAAAUCACAUAAGAUACUUCUUUUUAGUAUUCUAUUCCUUUAAA